GUUUUCCUCAAUGCGUUCAUAGAGUACACAAGUGACCCCUCCAUCCGUGUGUGUGGACACAGUCCUGUGUCUGUGUGUAUGUCGCAGGGUUCGAAGUGAGUUGGUCAGGUUCCCCGGAAAGACCCCCAUCAUCGAGCCGGAUGGACGAGGAGGAUUCCCACAACUGACUCUACUGCCUGUGGUCGCGAUGGAAGGGGUGUCGGCAGCGGAAUGCGGAGACGCGUCGAGCGAUCUCGAUGCCUUCAAGAAGCAAAUGCAAUCCGAGUUCGACGCACAGAGGGCUGCGCUCAUGCAGAUGUUCGUCGCGAAGGAAGAAGAACUCAAAAUUGAACAGGAGAAAAACUUCGCCCUCCUGAAACAGAUCGAAGAGUUCAUAGGUCCUGCGGGUCUGGAUUUAGAUGAAAGCAUGAGGAAUGCCCAGAAACAAACCGUUCUCCUACGAUCCGUCGUGAAACCUAUGGAAGACGAGAUCGACGUCUAUAAGAAGCGAAUCGAAGAGUUGGAAAGUGUUCUUGACAGCCUGCGGGCGGACUGUGAUAAAAAGAGACAAAAUGAAAAAGAGGAGCUCAGCAAGCAGUUGAACGAAGCUGCUGCCGAGACGCGGAGUCUGGCAGCUAAAAUCGAAACCAAUGAAGGCUUGCUUUUAGAAAUGUCCGUUCAGCUGUCCGGGUCCGAUGCCGCCUUCCGAUCGGAGCUCGAGAAGCUCAACCAUCAACUGGCUCGGGUGGAAUGGCAGAAUCGUCAGCUGACCGAGGACAACGAUAGGCUUCUGGCGAAACACGUCAGCCGGAUGGAACAACGGAUUAAAACGGAGUCCGAACCGCUCCCCGACGUGUUCGAGAAAGCCGCCAGGAUGGUCGAGCACGACGAGGCGCUUUCGACGGCAUUUCACAACCUGCAAUUCGAAUAUCUCAAGCUGCAUGAGAAAAUGAUCGAAUCGAUGGUCACUUGGGAGAAUGCCGAGGGAAAAUUGCGCGCCGAGCUGCUCUUCCUGCAGGAGCAGCAAGACGAGGUACAGAAAGAGCGACGCAGUUAUGAGGAUACUGUAAAUGACGAGCUGGAGCGAAAAAAUCUCGAAGUUCAGCGACUGCGGGCUUGCGAGCAGGAGUUGGCCACGACCAAGGUCCGAGCAGCCGAACUGGAAGUCAUGGAACCUCUGAAGCACAAGUUCGAAAGAGAAAACCACGAACUUCGGUGCAAGGUUCUCGCGCUGCAGAGGGACCUCGACAAUUCAGAAGCCGUUCAGAAGGACUUUGUGAAACUCUCCCAGAGCUUACAAGUAGAACUGGAGAAGCUGCGCGUCUGUGACGGUGAGGUUCGAUUCCAGCAUCCGGACGACGUGACGGAAUGUAACAGCUGUAAGAAACAUCUGUCCGGGAAAAAGCCCAACUGUAGUCAUUGCGGGAGAAUAUUCUGUCCCACCUGUGUCUCGAAAACCAUUCAGUCGGGACCGAAUCGUCGAAGCUUUAAUGUGUGCGCCGUUUGUCAUACGCUCCUGGAUCAGAAGAGUGCUCCUUACUUUUCAACGCAAUAGUAGCAUAGUUGCCGGGAUUCGGUGGAGCGGUGGAUCGUAGGCUGGACUGGCCGUCCGAAUUCUUUCCUCGCGCAUGAUAACACAGAGACAAGAGGCUUACGGCUCGUGAUCGAGAGACGUGUCGGACUGGGACGUCCAGGAUGACCUUUGAGGAAAACUUCCUUGUAUACAAGUUUGAUCUUACGUGCGAAUUGAGCGGACACCCACAGAAGUAUCAGAAUAAAUGAGUUCCUUUCCUUGAA